AUGAUGAAGUCGAUAACAAAGAAGGGAUUAACAUCAAUCUCACCUUUUCGAUUCAAAGAAAAGUCAACCAACUGUUUUUGUUUAUUUCCAAAAGUCAAAUCCGGAUAUGGUCAAGGGAAUUCCCCGGUUUAUCUCAAUGUCUAUGAUUUAACUCCCAUGAAUGGAUACGCUUACUGGGCCGGGUUCGGAAUCUUCCAUUCCGGAGUUGAAGUUCAUGGAGUGGAAUAUGCGUUUGGGGCUCAUGAUUAUCCAAGUAGUGGGGUGUUUGAGGUUGAGCCUCGACAAUGUCCAGGGUUUAAAUUUAGGAGGUCGAUAUUAAUUGGGACCACGUGUCUGGAUCCUAUGCAAGUUCGAGAAUUCAUGGAGCUUCAUGCUGCUAAAUACCAUGGUGACACGUAUCACUUAAUUGUGAAAAACUGCAACCAUUUUUGUAAUGAUGUUUCUUACAACUUAACCGGGAAACAAAUCCCCGGGUGGGUCAACCGGCUUGCUAAACUCGGGUCAGUAUUUAGCUGUGUGUUACCCGAAGCCCUUAGAGUUUCGGCCGUGCAACAUUGCAUACCUUACGAGACCGAGAAGCAAAUGCUAAGAAGCGGUAGUUUUAGUUUUCUAUCAUCGAGGCAGAGACAACUCUCGAUGUCUUCGUUGCUUUUGCAGUCUCCAUUAAAGGGUUGCUUAAGGCCUUGGGAGUUGAGGCGAUCAAGAUCAAGAAAUGUUGUGGUAAACAACACGUAAGAAGUACUUAAAACGCGUCUUAAUUUCUUGUUUGUUUUCUCGUAAAUAAGCACAAUGAUUUGUUUGUAUGUUAGCAUAUGAUUAGUGGUGAUGAAAUUAAUUAAAUGUAAGGUUUAGGGGAAACUUAUAGGUAUUUUGUUGUUCUUGCUAUUGUUUUUCUUUAUAAUCUAUUACAAAGGUUAGUGGAACAAUUGAGUUGAUGAGUUGUGAUAAGUUUUAUUAACAAGCACUAAUUGAAGAACUAUCAAUGAUGAUUAGAUUAUCAAGACAGACAAGCACAUAUGUAAUAAUGGCUGAGGCCGACCUAUGAGUGUCCUGAGG